AUGUGUCCUCCAAACUCGUAUUGUGUCAUUGUAGAGCAAUACCCAGAUGGAAAGUGCCCGACCAACGGCCAAUGCAUCCCCAAGGGCGGUAAUAGCGGCAAUAGCGGCCCCCCACCGAAGCAAGGCCAUUGCCCUCCAGGAACGCAGUGCCUGGCUGCCAACAAGCCCAAGCCGUGUGAUCCCAACACCGACGGCGAGGGCGAAGCAGGAUCUGGGAAUUCGACAUAUUCGGGUGCGACUUGGGUCGGAAUUGACGACCAUGGUACCGGUUGCGGUGCGCUGUUGCAAGCAGGCACUGCGGGUUCUGUGACACGAGGCGAGGCGCCAACAUACUAUGCUUGGUAUGAGUUCUACCCUGACCCCAUGUUCAAGAGCAAGCUUCCUGUCGCUGCUGGUGACCGUGUGUAUGUCAACGUGAUUGCCACCAGCAAGACCGCGGGCCGCAUCUACAUUGAGAAUCAGAGCAAGGGCACGAACAUGACUCACAGUGUAUCGGCCCCUUCUGGCCUAAAGCUCUGCCAAGGAACGGUCGAAUGGAUCCACGAGGAGCCGAGCAAUGGCGGAACCGACAAGGAAGAGCCCUUUGCGAGGUUUAACCAAUUUACCAUGACAGGCUCUUACGCAAAGAACAACAUGAACAAGACAUUCAACGCUACCAACUCCGAGAGCAGCACCAUUAUCGUUGGUAACGGAAGGACUCUUUGCAGUAGCUUUUCGGACAACGAAAAGGUUACCUUCCAGUACAAAGGUCCAGCUUAA